AUACCAACUUAUGGUCACACUGACCAAUACCUUAAACCUAUCACUAAGAAAAUAGUAAACAAACCGCAAGCAUGAAUCCGUUAACAAAUAUGCGAAAUGUGUUAAAACUUAGCGAACAUGAGCUACAAAAUCCAAAUGGCAAGAGCUGGCACGACAUGUACCGCGGCUCAGCGUGGAUAUUUAUUGCCGGCUUCCCCUACACUCUCUCCGAGGGCGACAUCAUCUGCGUCUUCUCGCAAUACGGCGAAAUUGUCAACAUUAAUUUGGUGCGCGACAGCAAAACGGGAAAAUCAAAAGGAUUCUGUUUUUUGUGCUACGAGGAUCAACGGUCAACAGUGCUGGCUGUGGAUAACUUGAAUGGGAUUAAAAUAUUGGAUAGAUCAUUGCGUGUUGACCAUGUGGCGGAUUACAAGCCGCCUAAGGACAACGAGAAAUUAGACGAAGAGACGUUGCGGCUCUACAUGGAAGGAUGUGCUCCAAAGCCCAUUAAUCAGAGUUCUAGCACUGUUGAUGAUAACAUUAAGAAGGAAAAGAAGGAUAAGCAUAAGAGAUCUAAAGAAAAAAAAUUAAAGAAACGACGUGAGAGUUCAGAUUAGUAAAUUAUAAAUAAUGUUUAAUACAUAAGUGAAAUAAAAAAAAGUAGAUUCGCAAAGAUUUCACUGGACUUGUUAUGAUUUAUUCGCUGUCGCUGAAUAUAUCUCUGGCAUCAGCAAACUCAUCAGGAUUAUAGUCUUCAUCAUCAUCAUCGUCGUCGGAAUUGGAGUCGAGUCCUUCGGCCUCGCGUAGAAUACGACGCUUAAAGCGUUCAUAGGCGCUGCCCUGACGAUCCACAUUGCAAAAGUCCACAUCAUCCACGAAGGCAUCGGCCUCGGUAUCGAUGGUGUGCACAUAUGGAUCCUGGAAGGUAUUGUAAUCCUCAUCCUCGCUGGACUCGCACUCAUCGUCCUCAUCAUCGUCAUC